CACUGGAAAGAGACAAGUGCUACUCCAUGCCUCCACUUUUGAGCAUCCGUGCGUCGCUUGUGGCGUUGAGCGAUGCAGUAUUUGGCAAGAGCAGUCCUUGGAGAUCGUGGGAAUGAUGGAUGGUGGGUGGGCUAACGGGGAUCCCCAUUCCCGCGGCAAGGCUAGCAGCUUCAGAAAAACUUAGGCACGGAUUUAUCAGCAAUUCGUGUUCUUCUCAGGUGCGCAAGGCUUCCCAUCAAUCUUGACCGUCCUCGACUCAUAGCUCAUGAGUCAACAGGAACCGUUCCUUCAUGAGUUCGAGUGUACUACACUUUGUUGACUUGUCUCGUUCAUAUGACGCGGCCUCGGAAAAACGGCAACGGCGAGCCGCACGUUCGCACGCCGCACGUGCUGCCCAUGCUAAGGCCAGACGCCUUUUGACAAUCCAGUACCAGGUUCAGAAGGAGCAGAGUGAAAUUGACAAGCUAUCGACACCUGACAACGGCGAAGAUUCGGUGGCAGCUCCACGAAUACUCAAGCUUCUCCCAGCUGGCCGCAUCGACCCGUUCACGAGCUUUGCCCGUCCCUUCAAACCUUUUGAGCAUUUCCUCUUCGACCACUAUAUGACCGCGGUCGUUCCUCUCAUGCGCUGCAACGACCUCGCAGCGUAUUACGUGGAUCGCAUGACCAGAGCAUGGGUGCCUCUUGCGCUGACUGAUGAGGGACUCACAUGUGCUCUCUUACUUGCCGCAUGCCGUCACUUGUUUGACCAUUGUCAGCAAUCGCAGCAGCAGCAUUUCAUGCAACUCGCCGCCCAGUACAAGCUCGCAUGCGUACGGUCUUUAAGGGAGGCUAUAUCCACCGAGCUAUUCUUCGGCGAUGCCACCAUCACGAAGGCCGUGAUGUUGGCAUAUGAUGAGCUGGCCACUCGCAACAUCGUCAUGUGGAGACAUCAUCUCGAUGGAGCCGUCAGGAUGGUGAACCUCAAUGGUGGGCCGCAGACUCUCGGACUGGAUGGGUUUCUUGAAAGUGUUAUUUCCAACCUCAUACGUAAGAGUGAUGGUGCAGUUGCCACUUCCACAGGUGGGGCAGUUGUAAGGUUGAGGGUCUGAGUCUGGACGUCGAGGCUGUUCCCAGGAAGGAGUGGCACUAGUCUGACCGCUAUAGCUCCCCGGGUCCAAAUCAAUAUUGUCCCUUGUCGUCAUUCCGGAGUCCUUCGCGCACAGCAACAUAGUGUUAGUCUGACACGGUGAAGCCGGUUGCUCCUACGAUAUAGUCCUACUGGCUUGAAGUCCAGGUACCUAGUGUAGCAAAGCUGCUGGACCUUUGACUUACAUCGCUGAUGCACUCGGUAUCAACUGUGCCACUUUCCCUGCAAAGAGGAUCGAGGCCUAGUGUUCUUGUAUCCAGUCUUUGACAUGUGAAGACGUGAGAGAAGUUUCGCCUCCAUGCCCAAUGGUGAUUGAGAUGACGGAAUGCAACCAGGCCGCUACUUAUAAUAUCCCUCGGUAUAUUUGAAACGUGGGCAGCAUCUAAAAACGAAAUCCAACAAUAUAAUAGCAGUUGGUCAGUGUGAAUGAGAGUUUUGC